CCCAACGACAACAUGUUUCUUCCAAUUCAAUGCCACUUCUAACUUUCCCACAAGUCUAACACACACACACACCAAAAUCUCCCUCUUUCUCUCUCACAGGCCUUUCUGGUUUGUGUGUUUAUGUAUAUUUGUAUUUUUGGUUUCUCUGUUAAUCACACUCUUCUCUCUCUCUCUAAAUCUAAAUGGUAGUUGUUCAAGCUUCGAAGCUCAACCUUCCCAACCCAUCUCUCUCUUCUCCACACAUAACCUCUCUUCUCUUCGACCCUCACUCUCUCUCUCUAGCUCUCAUGCACUCCGACUCUUCUUUCUCUCUCUACCCUUCUAUUUCCCUUCUCUCUCUAACCUCUCUCCCUACCCCUCAAACCCUAAUCCCUCCUCCUUCUUCUUCCUCCACUUUCCUCCGCCUCCUCCAAAACCCUAACCCUAAUUCUCGCUCCCUUUUCAUUGUCUCCGGACCCUACAGAGGUGGCUCCCAGGUUCUCCUCCGCUUCUAUAUUCUGCGCAACAAGACCAACUCAUUUGUUAGAGCUCGGGUCCUUUGUAAUCAGAGAGGUCUCCGAUUUGACGAAGAGAAAUUGGGGGUUUUGGUCGAUGUCAAGCAUGGGGUUUCGGUUCGUGUUUCUGGCUCGGUUAAUUUCUUCGCUAUGUACUCUGUUUCGAGCUCCAAGAUUUGGGUUUUCGGUGUGAAAACCUUGGGUGAUGAGGAUGAGGAUGGGGUGAUUGUGAAAUUGAUGAGGUGUGCUGUGAUUGAGUGCUCAAGGCCGGUCUCCGCAAUCAGCGUGUCGUUUGGGGUCUUGAUUUUGGGGGAGGAAAAUGGGGUUAGGGUUUUUGAUUUGAGGCGGCUUGUGAAAGGGGGCCGUGUUAGGAAAGGAGACAGUUCGGGUUCGAAUUCGAGUUUGAGUUUGGAAAAUGGGAAAUUGUUGAAUGAGAAAUCGUUUGAGGAAGGCCGGGGAGGAUUGAAUAAUUUGCGUUUGCCAAAUGGUGUGAUUGGUGGGCAUUAUGCAAAGUUUGUUGCUGGAAAAAGUGGUGGUGAAGGAGCUCAGGAGUUCACUUGCAAUGGUUACUUGGAUGGGGGGAUGGAUAAGCAUUGCGUUUCUGUGAAGCAGAAUUCAGUUACAUUGAGACAAGACUCCAGCAAAGGAGGUACAUGUUUUGUGGCAUUCAGAAGUUAUGAGGUUACAUCCUUGACAUCUACAGCAACACCACUGAUGUCAAUAAAGGCAAUUUCCAUUCAGGCAUUGUCUCCGAAAAAGUUUCUAAUCUUGGACUCAGCUGGGGAUUUACACCACUUGCACCUAUCCAAUUCUGUCAUUGGAUCAGAUGCAACUUAUCACAUGAAGCAGUUGCCCCACAUUAUUAAAGUGCAAAAACUGGCUAUUUUUCCUGAUGUUUCUAUAAGAACCCAAACUGUUUGGAUAUCAGAUGGAUGUUAUUCUGUGCACAUGAUGGCAGCAUCUGACAUGGACACCGCUGUUAAUGAGAAUGACAGGAAUGAGAGUGAUGAAAUGCAAAUGCAAAUCUCAGUUAGUCAGGCAAUUUUCGCUAGUGAAAAGAUUGAAGAUGUUAUUCCUUUGGCUCCAAAUGCUAUUUUGAUUCUUGGACAAGGAAGCUUAUACGCGUAUGCAAUUUCCUGAAGUUGCUGAGGUCCUCAGUGAUUGUCAUUUUCAGUGGACAUCUAUGUUCCGGGAGAUACUAAAUAAUGUCUUGCCAGUUUGAGUGGGUUCCCUGGAUCAGUUGUUCUGUUUACUCAUUGGUUGUCAUAGGUCCUCUGAUUACCAUGGUUCCAUUUGUCAUUAUGAUAUUAAGUCAUGAGCUGCAAUUGCCUCAUUCAUAUUGCGGUGCAUGACACCCAAGAACACUGAGCUCUUGAAGGAAACAUAGAAUCGUGGAAACCAGUUGGAUACCUGUCAAGGAGUUCCAAAUCUGAAGAUUGAUCCUUUUAACAACUCAAAGCCACCUCUGCUGUGCGGUCUGCUUCCAUGUGCUGCAAGACAACUCUGCCCUAGACGUUGAACUUGUUGCUGUCGCAUUAUCUGUUUCCCCUAUUUCUGGAGCAUGCAUCAAGUCUAGGUUUGUAUAUUGGAGGACUAAACUGUCAUUCAACAUGGACAGUGAUAUGAGACAGCAUAAGUUGCUUUAUCUGUUGCAAAAUUGUGUCCGAUUUGGAUGAAACUCCAUAAUAAUUCUUCACUAUCAGGUUCAAAACUCUUGAUAUUUGUAAAUUGUUCCCACUUUGACCCAAUACGCAUAAACGGGGGUGGUUACCCAUAGAAACGUUUGAUGCUUCUGCUUAAAAUGUUGAAUGUUAUAUUUAGUUUUCAUGGAAAACAUGAAACUCUAGUUGUCAAUUGUCUAAACACUAUGGCCUCUAUUCUUUGCUAUUAAGAUGACUAGCAUGUUUUUUAUAUGGCAAGCUGGUGAGACAUCAAGAUGCACUAAGAUCAGUGUUAAAUUUGAAUUUCAAAUGUUAUUGUUGUAAUUUUAUUUUGAU